AUGCGGCCGCCCUCAUCGGGCCCGCCGCACUACGCGUCCCGGGAUGUGCUAGGCGGGGCGAUGGACGCGGAGGGGGAGGAGAUGGGCCCCAUGCCGGACGACGUGGACUUCGACGACUUCAAGAAGCCGCUGGUUCACGCAACGAUGGUCACCGAGCUGCGCCGGUGCGCGCAAGUCAGCAACGACGCGCUGCUGGCCAAGGUGCACGACCGACCCAAGGUCGACGCGAUGCUCGAGAACGGCAAGGCCCAGGCACACGCGCAGAGGAACCGCGCCAAGUAA